UACUACGACGGACAUUCUUUUCCAACGUUAAUACCUUUUUGGUGACAGUGUUUGCUAUAGCAACAAAAGUAUCACAUGGAACACUGUUUGCAAAAAAACCAAAUGCUAAUUAACUCAUCUCAACGUUGAUACAAACGUUGUAUGUAGGAUCAGAAAAGUUUGAGAGUUGGUUCUAUUGUAUGUGUAUGAUUCGCUUGGCUUAUGCUAAUCUUGAUGACAAACUUAAGAGUGCAGCUGUACUUAUAUAGGCGUGACAACGACCCCAGCACGUCAUAGGCGUUGUCAAUCUGUAUACUCACACUCUUAAUUAAGUUUUCGUUGCCUUCUGUUGAAAAGUAGCGGACACUUCAUUGCGUAGCUUAUCGGCAAUUUCAAGGCAAAAUGGGCUGCACUAAGAAGCAAGCAUGCUGGUUAGUACUGGUUAUACUCGAUGUGAUUUUCUUGAUUGGCAGCCCAAUCACGAUAAUUGCAAUCGGUUGGGCCUUGGGUAAGCCUUACCAUACAACGAGACACUUCAGCGCCACAAACUGCACCGUUCAGAAGGUGGUAAAGGUCGGCCAGAUUGCUUGUCACUGCGACAGGUGGCACGGGUGUACGUCACACUACCCCUGCGUGGAGAUAGUAGUGGCUUACGUCACUGACAGCGGGAAGAUUGUUCCCAACGCCACGUUGUUCGAUGAUGCUCAUAAUUUCGUUCAUUACGGAUAUUUACCUGUCACCUACGACAAAGAAGCCAUUAAGUGCUCUACGUACUCCUGUGAUGGAAGCGUAAUCCAUGACGCCGAUAACGUCGCCACGUUUGUUCGCGCGCACGGAAGACUCGGCCAGUCAUAUCCUUGCUUCUACAACCAAGAAAACCAGAGCGAGGCUCUCCUGAGGAAAGUCUCCACCACUGCCCUGGCGCUAGGACUUCUGUUCCCUCUGCUAUGCUUCAUCGGUGCUCUGCUUCUCUUUAUAUUCCUGUACCAUCGCAUUCUUAUGAGACGCGGAGAGAAAGUCUUGUGUCUCGGCCGGACUUACGAGAUUGAGCCUAACGAGUUAUCUCCCCCUGUCCCAGUGAUAACGCUAUCCGAGUCGACAUUCUAGCGAUGUAGAGAACAGCUUCCGUACCGUAUUAACUGAUUUGGAAGCUUUAAAGUAUUGGAUGGUACCAGGUGGUAUCGUGACACUGAGGAGUCAACUUUUGCCAAUACAUCAGAAGCGGUGAACCGAAGAAUCAGCUUUUGACAAUGAAUACACGAGAAGCGGUGAACUGAAGAGACAGUUUUUGGCAAAGAGCAUUAUCUGUAUUACCCUAUUUGAGAGUUGUUAAUUUAUGGGUUGAGCCGCGUGGUAGAGUAACGUUGAAGACUCGGCUAUUGACAAUGAAUGGGUUACUCGAGAAGCCGCAGAACGACAUCUGUACUCACUUGAUUUGACUGAAAGUCGUUAGAAGUUUAUGCAUGUAGGUGUUUUUCCAACACUUUUGUUGUCUUUAGUCAAACUGGAAUAUGUCAGGGUGAAUACUUUUUAUCCCGAGUAUUGAGGGAGCGAAAUCAAUCCCGAUUAUUUGAGCGUUAAAAAAGACAUCAUCGAGUAACAUAAGCAAUUCGUGUGUGGAUUACUGUUGAAUGCUUUGUCUGAAGGAGACUGCGUGUGGAAUGUGUUGUGGCUUCUAAUACGUGUGGAAUGUGUUGUGGCGUCUAAUACGUGUGGAAUGUGUUGUGGCGUCUAAUAUGUGUGGAAUGUGUUGUGGCAUCUAAUACGUGUGGAAUGUGUUGUGACGCCUAAUACAUUUUAAUUAACA